CAAAUCUUAGUUAUAUAGAAAAUAAAUAUACGUCAAUAAAAUGUUAGUUUUUUGAGGAAACUAAAGGGUUAUAUAACCUCCAAAUCCCUGGUGUCAUGUGUUUUCAUAGUGAUCACCUGCACCAGGUGGAAUGAUACUGGUCCCCGCCCUCUGAGAACACAGGAUGCAAAUGCUCUUGUUGUACAUAUCAGGUUUUUAGUCAUCCUGUGGGAGAAGAGACAGCUGACAGUGUGCUUCUGCUCGCAGAUACUAAACUACAAACUACACAGGCUGGAAUACGCUAGGGAAGAGGCUUCAAAUAAAACCCAAUGUCCAGUGUACCACUAUAGAUUUCGCUACAGAGAUGCCACUUGCUGAAUUGCUUGGAAUGCACUUUGACAUGCAGCUCCUAGGCAAACUGACUCUAUCGGUGGCCACCAUUAUAUUUGUCUCCUUGGUUUUCAGAUUCUACAACUCCAGGGCACGAAACAGACGGCAGAGUCGUGAAAGCAUUCAACAAAGGGAUGUGCAAGCAACCCGAGGAAGCUACAGUGCCUGCAAUACUGAGCAAGAACCACAGAGCAAAGCUGCAAAGGAGGAGUCUGACAGAGAAAAUCAUUUUCAAGAAUCUUCAGAGAAACCCUUGCAAGAAAGCCUUAAAAAUGCCAAUUCUGCCUUGAAAAUGGGGCAGCCUGAAACUACGGGCUUGGACAGUUGUGUAAAGGAGGAACCUGCAGGUAAAGGCAACAUAAUUGAGGAUAUAAUUGAGGCAAAGAGUGGAAAACCAAAGUUGACCUUACAACUUCCUGGUGUGACCGAAACAGGUCCAGGAAUUCCAAGUGGUCGCCGAUCCCCAGUUCUAAUGAAGAAGCUAGAAGGUGCCACAGGUGUUGGCAGGCAGUUGAGGCAGGAUGUUGGUCACCAGGGUAUGUUCUCAAGUUUUCAGUCAAAGGCAGAAAUCAAAGUAGAGAACGCUGACCUAAUCUUGGAUGGGCCAGGGAGUUGUAAAAAGGGCAUCCAUGGAAAGAUCUAUGAGUACUAUGUGGAGUCCUCAUCACAUUUCAUCUCAGAUUUAAGCCCCACCCGGUCUGUCAGUCCAGUCUAUGGUCAAAACGGAAAUAGCACUUCACAAUCAUUGGAUUUACCUGGCUUUAAAGACAGCUCCCGAUCGCCAAGUCCACACCCGCCUAGUUUCAUAAUUAGAGAUCUUGAAAUUGCCCCACGAAUUUCUAAUGAGCCUCCCUCAACAUUCAAACCAGAGACUGAGAGGUACAGCAAGCAAGCAGUCAUCCGUCAGGACAGCUAUCUUACUGCUGCUAGUGACUCAGAGCUUCCAAUCCCCUUGCCUACACAAAGGACUUUGACACCUCACAGCUGUUCUCCAGCACAACCCAAUGACAUCCCUUCAAGCCCAUUAGACUCUGAUAUAGCAAACCUGGAAAUGCCAGAGGAACCUCAAGUCAAAACGGUUGCCGGAGCAAAAUUCCUACACUUUCCAGAGAACAUGGGGAAUGCAGAACUCGAGAUUCUAGUAGGGAAGCUUGAUUUAGGCAACUGCUUGGAGGCUUUAACACUUGCUAAAAAACACGGUCACACUGCCCUUCAGCAAGCUGCUCUCCGUGUCAUGUCUGAUAAUUACCUUGAGGUCCUCAGAGACCCAGGCCUCUUUGGCUGGCUGAAAGCGGGGGAGCGUGAUCAUAUCCAAACACAACGCAUGAGAGGAAGGAAGUGGUUAGUGGUCGCAGAUAUGGAUUCCCCGGAUUGGAGUAGACGUCCGUCACAGUCUAUGUAUUUAGAGUCUGAAUCAGUUAAGUCAUCCAGUAUUUACUACUACGAUGAUUAUAAGGACACGUGGCACCUUCACACCCACAUUCCCCAGGAAGUGUUAUCUAAAGGUUGUGCCAUGUGCACCAUGGAUAAUUAUCUAUUUAUCGCUGUGGGUUUCCAAGGCUCAAACCGUGAAGCGACCCCUUCAAAGAAAGUGUACUGUUACAACCCAGUGACUUCAAUUUGGAGUGAAAUAAGCCCCAUGAAUGAGGCAAGGCCUCACUGCAAACUCGUGGCACUGCAGGGCCAUCUUUAUGCAAUUGGAGGUGAAUGCCUAUCAACAGUUGAGCGCUACGACCCCAGGACAAACCGAUGGACCUUUGUGGCACCUCUUCCUAAUGAGACAUUCGCCGUAGCUCACAAGGCCACAGCCUGCAAUGGUGAACUGUUUGUUGCAGGGGGCACGUUGAGAUACACCCUCUUGCGCUAUAAUCCCAAGACCAACACAUGGCGAGAGAGCAUGACUGUGGGCAGUAAGGACAAGACCACAGAAAUGGUGGCGGUGAAGAACUUCCUGUACCGUUUUGACGUCAGUCCCCUGGGCAUCAGUGUGUAUCGUUUUCACGCAGUGGCCCGACUAUGGUACGAAUGCUCUUCAUUACGCCUCCCACAUUGCACAGCCUUUCAGUGUGUGACUAUGGACAAUAUUAUCUACUGUGUGAGCCGUCAGUUUACCUUGAGGUUCCUUGCAGAUGAGGUAUCGCCGAGCUUUGUUGCACAGGAUUUGAAAGUGCUAUCUCCGGCUAAAGGUAUUUUGUUUCCGUUUGUCCUUGUGCUUCCCGACAGAACCACUCAACAAACUUGUGUUUAAAAAAAUGUCAGAUCUUUCAAGUAAAAGGUUGUCUGGUCAGAACAAACACUCGAGACCAUAUUAUGCACAUGUUCAAGGAAUGUACCUUUUCUUAAUUAGUGGCAAUUGAGAUUAAAUAUCAAGGCUAUUACAUCCAAUUAUUGUACAGCUAGAUCACAAUUACACAGCACUUACUGAUAAAUAAAUCUGCUG